AUGUUCCAAACRAUUGUCAUUGUGCACCUAAUUUUUACUGGAAUACAGCAAGCCGGAGGAUAUCCUAUAAUGUCGUCAAUCGUGAAUCUACGAAAUGCUAGGAAACCUUCAUAUCAUAAUAUAGCACGUUCAACGGACGUAUCAAACUUGUUACACAUCACACGGGAAGAAAAUCCUUUACACAAAUACAGCGUAUCGCCUACCGAAAUAGCAAAUACAAUUAAAUUCCAAGAGAUGCAGAAGUCCGUGGUAAGCUCAGCUUUCAGUUUUGACUUGAAAAUGUCAAAAAACUUGCUGUCACCAUCUAUGAUCACUGAAUUGAUCCCACAUAGUAAUAAUCCGGCAUCAGUUGAAUUGAAGAUGACUGAUUGGAAAAAUAAGCAGCAUUUGCUUGACGAAGACGAGUCUGUCACCAGUCCGAUAACGGAGCAGACGACCGAUAAGACGACCGAGCAAUCGCUUACACCAGACGUGAUCARCAACACGACGACAACUACGGACGAUAUAUUGAGCAGCGCAKCGCGUACAARGAGAGUGCCUAGGAAACAUUAUGGUGAAACCGGUGACACACCAUGGUUUUCGAUUGAGGUAGCGACCAAUGCAGAUCGGAAAAGUCCAUCRCCGGAGCCCAUGGUAAAUGUGCGGUGUUCAUGUUAUCACUCGUCAUAUCACAUCAAUAAGUUGAAGCCACAUAUUAGAUUUCCGGAUGAGCAAUAUGACUAUGAAAAAGAAGUGGGUUACCAACCUAGUGAUGUCACGGAUUGA